AUGAGCAGCACGCUGGAACGAUGUGAUCCGAAGGCGUAUGACGGCGUCAUUCCGAAUUGCUCCGACGUCUACGCGGUGUAUGACGCGUACACGAAGGCGUGCAUUCCGGCGCAGGUCAUCCAAUUCGAGGAUCAAGAGAACGAGGUGAAAAUGCAAAUCAUCUAUGGCAUCAUAUUGCCGAUACUCGCCGUCCUCGUCGUCUGCUCGAAUUCGAUCGUCAUCGUUGUGCUCAGUCAGCAGAAAUCGAAGCGUGCCAGUGUCGAGCCACUCCUCUACAUGGCCAUCUACUCGCUGCUCAUGGCGAUCUCGCCGCUGCCAUUCACAAUCUAUUAUUACAAUUUGUCGCAUCAUCUCGAUUUCAAUCAGACGCUGUUCAUGUGCUAUUUGCAGAAGGUUUGCAUGGAGAUUUUGCCGUUCUUCUUCAACACCCUCGUCACGUUGUUCACAAUAAUGCUCGGAAUUCAACGAUUUAUCGCUGUACAAUAUCCGCUUCAAUCAAUCCGCUGGUGUACUCCUCGAAAAGUUCGCAACACGUCAAAAAUUCUUCUACUCGUCGCCAUCUUCUUGACAGCAAUUCAUUCGAUUUACGACGUGCGCCUGAUUUAUCAUUUCUGUAUUCAGUACGGCUCCGAUUCGUUCUAG